UUCCAGUCCAACAAAACAAUUCGAUGGUAGCACUAAAUGAUGACUGUCUGGAGCACAUUUUUAAAAUGUUACCCAUAGGCGAUCGUAUUAAUAUGCUGCUAUCGUAUCAACCUUUUAGUGAUAUAUUGGCCAAACGUUUAAAAAUUGAUUAUAAAUCAAAUUUAAAUACUAGAUUUUUUAAUACUUUACAAACCUUUCAACUGCAAGUACUACUAUCGAUUAUAGGAGCCUAUGUGAAAAACCUAAAAGUGGAACUACCUUUCGAAGAAGAAAGCUAUUUAAUGGAGUUUAUUUACUUUAAGCUUUUAUUAACCUAUUGCAGUAAUGUGGAAUCGCUGAAAUAUUAUGGUUGGAGUGUCAAUGAUGAAACCAUUAAAUCGUUAAGUUCUUUAAAACGUUUAAAAUCUUUGGCCUUAAUAAAUAAUCCCGAGAUAACGGGCAAUUACCUCUGUGAACUUAAAGGUCUGCAAGAAUUGUCACUUAACAAUUGCACACGCAUCAAGACUGAGUACUUUGAAAAAAUAUUUCAAAAUCUUAAAUAUUUAAAAAUUUUGGAUAUAAGAAAUUGCAAUAACUUAUCUAGUCAAAAUUAUCAAACAAUUUUAGAAAAUCUUAAACAAUUAGAAACACUUAAAAUGUCUACAACCGAAGAGAAUUACAAUAGUCUAGCAAAAUUACCUAAUCUAAGAAACCUGGAAAUAAGAAGAAAUAAUAUAAUUAGUCCAUCUAUAUCCAAAGAUUUUUUACAUAAUUUGGUAAAAUUUCAAGCCGAACAAUUACAAGAACUACAAGUGGUGGAGUGGGCUGGAUUUGAUGCGGAAAAGGCUGCAUUAAUAGCAAAAUUAAAAGGAUUAAAAAUUUUACAUUGUAAAUGUAAUUCUAUUGAUGAUGAAAUUUUGGAAAAAUUUUCACAAUUAAACGAAUUAGAAGAAUUGAAUAUAAAUAAUUGUUAUUUUAUCUCAAAUCGUGCGGUUUUAGAAGUAUUAAGAAAAUGUCUUAAAAUAAAACGGUUACAUUUGAGUUCUUGUGGCGUAUUAACCACAGAUGUUGUACCCGGUAUUCUUCACUUGUUAAAACAUCAACAUCAAAUUCCUACAGAUCGCUUGCAAAUGGUUCCUGAGAGUUAUAAAUAUUCACGAAAAAUAUCGGAUAUUGCUAUAGAAGAUUCUUCAGAUGUUCUUAAACUUUCUUAUAAAUAUAUAACUUCAGAUUAUGAAGGCCUAACACAAGUUAUCGAAAUACUAAAAUAA